AUGUCUCUCUUCUCUGGCGUUGCUGUCGUCACAGGCGGCGCUUCCGGUAUCGGCCGUCAGGUCGCCAUCUCCUUCGCCCGCGAGGGGUGCAAGCGCAUCGCCCUCCUUGAUAGGGACGAGGAUGGUGCCCUCGAGACCGCCCGCAUGUGCCGGGAGGCCAACGGCGAGACGCGCACCUAUGUCAUGGAGGUCGACAACCGUAACGAGGAGGAAGUAUCGGCGUGCAUGGACAAUGUUGUGGAGGAAUGGGGGCGCAUCGAUUACGCUGUCAACUGUGCUGGAAUGUUCGGUCCACUGGCGCCAUCGCAUCUCUUGACGGCAGCAGAGUUCGACGAGAUCACUACGAUCAACUACCGCGGGACUUGGCUAUGCUCCCGCGCCGAGCUGACGCACAUGAUCAAGCAGGAGCCGAUGACGACGCACGACGGCAGGCCAGGGAACAGAGGCGUCAUUGUCAACGUUGCGAGCAACCUAAGCUUGGUCAGCCGGUCGGAAACCCCGGCCUACAGUGCUUCUAAAGCAGCUGUGCUGAGCAUGACGAGAAGCGAUGCUGUUGAUUAUGCAAAGUACAACAUCCGUGUCAACUGCGUCUGCCCGGGGAUCAUUGACACUCCGAUGACCAGCGGGGUCACUCCAGACGACCCCAUCAUCGCCGUGGCGCCGAUGAAGAGGAAGGGGACGCCGCAAGAAGUUGCCGACGCUGUCUUGUUCCUCUGCAGCUCCAAGGCAACCUUCAUCCAGGGUGCCUCGCUGUGCGUCGACGGAGGGUACGUGAUCAACUAG